AUGCAGCUUUACAACGUGUUGGUGACCGGAUCAGCCGGGCAUCUUGGUCGCGCUCUUAUGCUGGCACUGCCUUCUCUGGGCUACACACCUCUUGGAAUCGACAUAUUGCCUUCAACCACGACGAGCUUCGUGGGAUCUUUCACUGAUCGCGCUUUCGUGGAGCACAUACUCUCGCAUAACACUGGUAUUCGGUAUAUCAUUCACGCCGGUGGGCUGCACAAACCCCACAUAGUCUCGCACAGCAGAGAAGAAUUCAUCAACACAAAUGUCACGGGUACAAUGAUACUCGUAGACGAGGCUGCUAAGCUCAAUGGUCGAAUUGAAGCGUUUGUACUCGUGAGUACGACCUCGGCCUUUGGCUCAGCUUUAAUCGCCGCCGCAGGAGAGCCUGCGGUUUGGAUCGAUGAAUCGGUUGUCCCGCGCCCCAAGAACAUCUACGGAGUUUCCAAGAUCGCGGCCGAAGACAUCUGCUACUUAGCGCAUUCGAGAACGAAGCUACCAGUAGUAGUGCUCCGCUGCAGCCGGUUCUUCCCACAGCCCGACGACGACGAAAUCCGACGUAACGCGUUGAAAAACGACAACAUGAAGGUUCUCGAGCUCUGUUACCGGCGAGUUGAUAUCACCGAUGUGGUAUCCAGCUGCACAACAGCCAUGCGCAAAGCGAAGGAUGUAGGCUUUGGGCUAUAUGUCAUCAGUGCACCUACGCCUUUCCAUCGAGACCAUGUCACACUUGCCAUGCUGAACACAGAUGCAAAGGCGGUGGUGCAGCGUGCUGUUCCUCAGUGUGUGGAGCUGUUUAGCCAGAAAGGAUGGGGCUAUCUUGAUAAGAUGGACAGGGUGUAUGAUAGCAGCAAGGCCAUGACGGAAUUGGGCUGGAGACCAGAGUAUACGUUUGAGGCGGCAUUGGCGAGACUGCAGAGCACCAACGAUUGGAGAAGUGAACUUGCCAAGGAAGUCGGAAGGAGGGGCUACCAUGCUGUCUCGACAGGGUUUUAUACUGCGAGAUAA